AAUGUUCAGUUUUGAAGGGUGACCGUCAGGCGUGACGGGGCAAUCCUUAUGUAAAGAACGGGGUCCUCAGAGUAGUUUUCGCUAACAAAGCAAGCUCCAAAAUGUCGGGAGAGGUGUAUCUCCUGUGGCUUUUCUCCCUUUUACAAACGCUGUCGGCAUAUGGGGCCGAGCUGUCGUCUGAGACGUGCAGGGAGCUGGGCUUUUCCAGCAACCUGCUGUGCAGCUCCUGUGACCUGCUCGGGGAGUUCAGUCUCACCAAGUUCCAGCCAGACUGCCGACAGUGCUGCCAGCAGGAGGCCCAGAUGGAAGCGCGCAAGCUCUAUGCUGGGGCCAUCCUCGAAGUGUGUGGAUGAAAAUUGGGGCGGUUCCCCCAAGUCCAAGCUUUUGUCAGGAGCGAAAAGCCGAAGAUGUUCAAGGGUCUUCAGAUCAAGUACGUGAGAGGCUCAGAUCCUGUGCUAAAGCUUUUGGACGAUAACGGGAACAUCGCUGAAGAACUCAGCAUCCUCAAGUGGAACACAGAUAGCGUGGAGGAGUUUCUAAGUGAGAAAUUAGACAGGAUAUAAACAGGAGAGUUUGACUUUAUUUUUUGUUUUUAGACUUUAGUUGAAGGGUUUGUUCAUCCACGUUACAAUAACUCCAGUCAUAUCUAGCCGUGCAGAUAUGUUCCGUUUUAUAUGUGCCAAGCUUGAGAGAUGUCUAUUCACCACCAUUAAUGCAGUUUUGUUUUGUGUAUUUAUGUCCAUGGUACAAAUCGCAAGAGACAGAUCUUCUAAAAUUUGAGCAUAUUAAACCAAAACUGUCUGCAUGGUAGAGACAACUUUUUUGUUAUUUGGGUGAACUUACCCUUUUAGUUAUUUUACACAUUUGUACCCAACUCUGCCUUGAUAGAUGGUUGUUAAAUCACUGCUCUAUAUGUGACAGUUUUUGUAUCUGAAAAUUAUGGAUUUCUUGUCUGAAUUUUACCAAAUAACUCAUGUGAGCCUGUGGGGGACAAAAAGACACAAUCGUCAAGCUCAGAGCAUAUCCGAAAUGAUGACCAACAUUACAGAUAAAUCAUGGCUCAUUGUGGGUCCAUUAGAAAAACAAUUCACCUCAUGAACUGUUGUGUUGUUGUGUACCAAGUGGGAGUUUCUGCUCCCCUUUCAGGCUGUCUGAUAUUCUUGUAUAAUUUUUUUUUUUUUUUUUUUUUUUUUUAUAAUGCUGGAUCUAGUGACUGAUGGGAUUUGUAGUAAGAAUGAAUCCUUGUUGCUCUCCAAAUGCAGAUGUCUUUGCUGAAGUCCACAUUAGUGAAGACCUUACAGUAAACCAGCAAUGGGAUGUGAGGUCUGAUGUGUAUUUGUGUUUUUCAGCACCUUAUGCUUUGAGGAGGAACAUGAUUUAUUUUGGAUGCUUGUUUUUGAGUGAGUGAGGUGACUGUUUAAAUAUGCAACAAUAAACAAAAUCUCUGAUGGC